UUGAGGUUUUUGCUUGUUUGUGCAGGGCGAGUGAAUCUUGAAUUCCGCCAUCAAGGGUACGCACACGCUGCUAGCUACACAUCAACGACCGGUCCUCCCGUUCCGUUUCAAUAACUGGGGACACCAGGUGGCGAGAUCCUCAAGAUGGCACUCGCUCUUUUGGGAAUUCUGGCUCUGGUCAUCUCCAUAGCAGCGUCGGCAACAUGGUCGGCUAUCACUCGGAAGUCGGGCAUAGAUCCAGUGGCGUCGCACUGGCCUCCAACUCCAAAGAUGGAAGGGGUGUUCGCGACCAACACACUGCUCCAGGAAUUGGAUGAGCUUGGUGUGGGAGAGCUUCCUGGUCCCGAAGAUAUUGCUGUGGACGAUAACGGCGUACUGUAUACCGGCUGCGCUGACGGAUGGAUCAAGAGGAUUUUUCCCGAGACUGGUGAGGUCCAGAAUUGGGUACAGGUCGGAGGCCAUCCGCUUGGACUUGCGUGGGGACAUCAUGGAAAUUUGCUUGUCUGCGAACCAACCCGGGGACUGCUGAAUAUUACUGCUGAUAAGGCUCUUGAAGUUCUCUCCAAUGAAGCCGACGGUGUCAAAUACAAGCUAACUGACGGACUGGACGUUGCAAAAGAUGGCUCCAUAUACUUCACGGAUGCAACGCACGAGUUUGGCAUGAACACCUCUGACUUCGAUAUUCUUCAGGGUCGCCCGAACGGCAGACUUUUGAAAUAUGACCCCUCAACUCGCACCACAACAGUCCUGCGCAAGAACAUGUAUUUUGCCAAUGGUGUUGCACUCUCUGCGAAGCAAGACUUUUUAGUGGUGUGCGAGACGUCCAUGGUGAGGUGCAUGAAGUACUGGUUGCAAGGUGAAAAAAAAGGAACCAUGGAAGUUUUUAUCGAUAACUUGCCUGGACAUCCAGACAACAUUAGACACAACGGCCGAGAUAGAUUCUGGAUUGGAUUGAUAGCAGGAAGGACAAGGCUGACUGACACUUUAAUGAAGAUAGCACCACUGAAGCACAUCUUGGCCCUUCCGGGCGUGCUGCAGAAGAUCUCCACGUCCUCAAAGAUGGCCAAAGUUCUAGCAGUUGGCGAAGAUGGGGUGCCGCUGGCAUUCUAUGAAGAUCCGACAGGGAAGUCGAUAGCCUUGGUGACGACGGCCUUGGAAGUCGGCGAUUAUCUCUAUCUGGGAAACUUGGCCAGGAACUACGUUGGCAAGUUGAAGCUUCGGCAGCUUUAUGUUGCACAGGUGGGAACUGGAGGGCCACGGAAACGAAGGAGAAUGAAGACCAGGGGACUUGUGAGUAAUUUGGUUUCUCUUGUGCUUACUCUAGUCGCAUCUAGCUUAGUUUCCGGAGUAGACUGCAAGAAGAGGGCUAAUGGCACAGUCGUUGUAUACUGGGGAACUUACGAGAAGGAAGGCAGUCUCAAAACAGCCUGUGAGACGGGGAACUACGGCAUCGUCGUGCUCAGCUUCCUCAGCGUGUUUGGCGACGGGAGAGCUCCAAAGCUGGACCUCGCUGAUCACUGCGGGGGUGUCAACGGCAGUGCCAUCAACGGCAGCGCUAUCAACUGUGCUCCAGUCGGACAAGACGUAAAGUUCUGCCAGAGCAAAGGUGUCAAGGUGUUCCUCUCGCUCGGUGGUGCCGACGGCAACUACAGCAUUGUCUCGGACAAAGACGCCAUCGCCGUAUCGGACUAUCUGUGGAACAACUUUCUGGGAGGAGGAGCAGGAAACAGCAGCUCCAGGCCUCUCGGCGACGCAGUGCUGGACGGGAUCGACUUCGACAUGGAGAUGACCUCGACUCAAACCGGCUACGCUCAGCUUGCCAAGCAGAUUAAGCUCCGCUCCACCAAAGACAGGCCGGUGCUCUUGUCCGCAGCCCCGCAGUGCCCGUUCCCGGACGAGUUCCUCGGCCCGGCUCUCAACACGGGCGUGUUCGACUACGCCUGGGUCCAGUUCUACAACAAUCACGACUGCCAGUACAACCCAAAGAAGACUCUGGACAACGUGUUCGCGGCUUGGCACAAGUGGACGACCAAAGUUCCAGUGAAGAAGGUCUUCUUCGGCCUGCCGGCGAGCUUGAGCGGCGCCACCGACAGCCCCUCCACCAAGGACGGAUACAUGCCCGCGAAAGUUCUCAAGCAACAGGUUCUUCCGAAGAUCAAGGAGUCGAGCAAGUACGGCGGCGUGAUGUUGUGGAGUUACUACUACGAUUUCGUCAAGCACGACGGGAGAAAGGAGCCGUACAGCACCACGAUUAAAAACGCUCUCGUAGAAGUCGAUCCUCUCGCGUCGCGAGUGCCAAUGGGAUUCCUUCUUGUGGCGAUUCUAGCUGUGAUCAUCGGCAUAGCCGCAUCGGUGAUAUGGACGGCAAUCGUCCGCCGCGCGGGGAUUGAUCCACUGCCCUCGGACUGGCCUCCAACUCCAAAGAGGGAAGGAUUGUUCGCGGUGAACACAGUGCUCCAACAGGCGGAGGUGAUUGGCGUGGGAGAGCUUCCCGGUCCCGAGGACAUUUCCUUGGACGACGACAAUGGCGUGCUCUACACCGGCUGCUCCGACGGGUGGAUCAAGAGGGUGUCUCGAAAGACUGGCGAGGUGGAGAACUGGGUGAAUGUGGGAGGCCCUACGCUUGGGGUCGUGCGCGGGCAACAAAAGAAUUUGCUCGUCUGCGUGCCAGGCAGAGGGCUGCUCAACAUCACUCGGGAUAAGCGCGUGGAGGUUCUCUCGAGCGAAGCCGAUGGUGUCAAAUUCAUGGUGGCUAAUGGAUUAGACGUUGCGAAGGAUGGCACCAUCUACUUCACUGAUGCGACGAGCAAGUUUCCGCUGGAGAAGGCCAAACUGGACGUCCUCCAGUGCCGCCCAAACGGCAGGCUCUUGAAGUACGACCCCGCGACUCGCACCACCACAGUCCUGCGCAAGAACAUGUUUUUUGCGAAUGGAGUCUCGCUCUCUGCCAAGGAGGACUUUCUAGUGGUGAGCGAGACAUCCAUGGUGAGGUGCAUGAAGUACUGGCUGAAAGGUAAGAAAGCGGGAACCAUGGAGGUGUUCAUGGACAACUUGCUGGGGCAGCCGGACAAUGUCAAGCGCGAUGGCCAUGGUGGAUUCUGGAUAGCAUUGGUGUCGGGGAGGACAUGGCUGAGCGACAUGAUCUUGAAAAUACCAGCAUUGAAGUACAUCAUAGCGCAACCCGAAGUUCUCGAUAAAUUCUUUGGGAAUGCGAGGAUGGCCAAGGUAUUGAGAGUGAGCGAGGAUGGGCGACCGCUGGCGUUCUAUGAGGAUCCAACGGGGAAGGUGGUGGGAUUUGUAACGACAGGCUUGGAAGUUGGAGAUUAUCUUUACCUUGGAAGCUUGGAAAGGAAAUUCAUUGGCGGGCUAAACCUUCAGGAAUUACAAGUAACUUAGUAAAUAGGUGGUAUGAUAUUUGAAACAUAUAAUGAACAAUAACUUUCUUUUAAAAAUAAAAAAUAAAAAACAUUAAAUCCA